UAUGGGUAUUAAUACUAUAGUUUCGAUACCAUGUCUUCGAUUGUCACCAGUAUAUUAAGUUCCACUGUGGGAUUAUUGUGGAACAAAGCCCGAGAUGCGACUGCUAAAAAGCUGAAGGACGGUGAUAUUACAGACGCAAAACUUCGUGAAACAGUCGUGAGAGAACUGAACGAUGUCAAAACCAAAAUUGACGGUCUCUCACGCAAAGAUCUGCUCAGCAGCUACAGUUUUCUACAAGAAGGCGUACAGUUACUGAUUCUUUCUCUGGAUAAGUCGAAGGGCGAGUGGAAAGCUGUGCAAAGCGAAACUCAAGAUAAUCGCGGUGAAAUGUCUAGAAUGUCGAACAGUAACGAAUCAGCAGAUAUCUUGAACAAAGCCUUAGAACUUUCUCACAUCAUGGGAAAGCUAAAAAUCGUGUCAAACGAGUCUGGAUGCGCGAAAGAACGACUCAAAGAUGCCCGUAAGGAAGCAACCCAUGCGUUUUGCAACGAAGCAUUGAAUAUUCAAGACCGAAUCUUCGCAGCGAAACUCCGUGUCGUUUCGGAGAUGCUGGAAUGUCUCGACAAUCCCGACAUAGCGGCUACUUCAUGCCUGUUGUUUUUAGAAAAGCUUCAUGAUUUACCCGCCGUUCGCAACAUAUUCUCGGUGUAUCUCGGUGGUGGAGUUAAGUCCAUCUUCAGUAAGGCUGAACGAGUUGAGAAUGUCAAAUCUGUCAUGAUGAUCAACUACGUUUUGUAUCAAUUUGUUUCGAGAUUCAGCAGCAAGUAUUAUUCAGCAUUCGCCUGGCCAACAAUACAACUCUCUAAUCGCAGUUUUAACCCUAUAUGGAAUUGGGAGGAAGUUUCGACAAGAAAGUCAUGGGGCAAAGAAUUGACCCAACCUCCCAACGAAACGAAACUCGAUAGAAAUAUCAAUUACGUGUAUAAUAUUUCUGUAAACAGUCGGGGCCAGAUAGUUGAAUGGGAUGAUAAUGACAUUGAAUUAAUCUCUAGAACGGGCGAAAGUAAAGUUGUUAAUCAAUUUUCUGUUCCGAGCACAGAAGUUAAAGAAAGGGAGGAUUUCAAACAAGAAAUUUUAGGUCUCGCUGUAGAUCAAGAAAAUAAUGUUUAUGUUCUACUAUAUUGUGAAGCAACUUCACAAAAUGGCAAUGUGGAUAGCCUUGUAGUAUUAUGUAUAUUGGAUGAACAUUGCGAUCGUGUAAAACACAAAAGGGAAUUGGAUUUUCUUCCAAACCACAAGAGACAUGAUCUGAGAUUAUCAUUAGAAAUAAACAAAAACAAUAACAUUGUAAUGACACCAACAAAGUCCGACGACCACCAUGUGUACAUCUGUGACCACACUGGGCAGUUAAGAAACAAGUUUGAACAUGAAAUUUCUGAUCUACACUACAUGAGUGUUUCAGACAAUAAUGAAAUCAUGUUGGCAUCAUUCUUGGGCGACGUUGUUGAAAUAUACACAGAGGAGGGAAAUCCAAAGUUGAAACUAGAACUACCGGCAGGUCACAUGGUCUGUGGAACGUCAUUUCACUUUGUCAUUCGUAAAAUAAUUGUCUUAACCAUGGUCAGCGGCGGUUAUUCCUGUUUCCUCCAUUGUUACUCUGAAAAAGGUGAACUGGAGACCUCGAAGUUCUGUUUAAAUGACGGUGAAGACAUUCCUCGGAUUACAUCUCAUCCAUGUGGUCCAGUUGCUAUUGUUAGAGAGGGCAGAAACAUAAUCGAUAUAUAAGGAAAUUUUCUAUGUAAUCCCUCAGAAAACGUCACUUGAAUUUGAUCAAGUAUAGUUCAAUAAAAGUACAUUAUAUUUUAAUAUAGUUUGAGAACCUAAACUUUAGGAACUGUAUUUAAUAAUGCUAUAACAUUUCACAG